AGUUUCGAAUUUGAAAUUCAAAGUGAAAUCGGAUCGAGAGCCCCGACCGGCGCCGUUUUCAGCGGACAAUUAGCGACAUCUCCAGCGCCGGCGUCAAGAAAACUACCCAAACAAACAAGGCGACACCACAAUAAUCAGACUGCGAUAAGCCGACAUGCCCCAUAAAUGAAUCUCUUGGGGCCGGCUAGCAAGUCAGUUGUUCUCCAGCUGGCGAACCAAGUGAAAUACUUGCUCCAUCCCAUCACUACAAUGGCCACCUACGAACAGGUUAAGGAUGUGCCCAACCAUCCGGAAGUCUAUCUCAUCGACGUCCGGCGGAAGGACGAGCUUCAGCAGACGGGAUCUAUUCCAGCCAGCCUUAAUAUUCCCUUGGAUGAGUUGGACACAGCCCUCAGUUGUGAUGGUUCUUCUUUCAAGAACAAAUACGGGCGAUCCAUGCCGGGAAAAGAAUCUAGAAUCAUUUUCACCUGCCGCUCGGGAAAUCGUGUUGUGGAAGCUGAGAAAAUUGCCAAAAACCAAGGAUAUUGCAAUGUGGUGCUCUACAAAGGCUCGUGGAAUGAGUGGGCCCAAAAGGAGGGUCUUAAAGCUUAGCCGUCUUUAUAACUAUUUGGAUUUUAAAUUAUAAAGUAAAUAAAAAACAUGCGGGAAAAAGGUUUUGGAAUAAAUAUGAAUAAAACUAAACAAAACUACGCAAAACAGCUUUCAUUUAAUAAUAAAAGGGGCAAACUUAUCCCCACCAAUGUAUGUAGAAUAACUUUUUUAGAACUUAAAAUAUAGGAAUUCAAUUAUGUAUGUACACUUACUUUCGCUAUUGUUUUUAUGACAAAAAAUUUAUGUAUAGCAUAAAAUGUACCUUUCUUGAACUACGCCCAUGGAAAAGCUUAUCAACACCUAUACACCCGCACAUAGAAAGAGAGCCAUUCUCUCCAACUCUCUCUUUCCCUCGCCAUAAAAAACUGACCUGCCUCAAUGCGCCAAAAAGAGAGAAAUUCGUUGAGCGCUAAUAUAAAAUGUAAAUAAAGUACCUUUUGAGAACCCAGAGUACCCGAAACUUCUACAAACUUCUCUAAAACGCCAGAGAGCCACCCCUAUUUAAAUGCCAUUACUUGAUUUCAGGGAAAGCGGAAGAUUGCAUCAGCAAAGGGCUGAGAAAAUUCGAGAGAAUGCUGGGGGUUUCUAGAUUAUAUGAAAAGAGUAUAAAUAGCAACUGGUAGAGCAGAGUGCUCUCAGUUCUAAAAAUCAAAUCAACAGACAACAACUCGCGAAAAAUAAAAUAAACUACAAUUUCACCAGCUUGAUUGAAAAUAACAAAGCUAAAAAAACUACAACAUACGAUAUUUUAAAAAUUAUAAAA